AUGUCUAAUUCGACCGAGUUACUCUUGGAGACGUUCUGGAACGAACUUCCGGCGGACGUUGCUGUGUUGUUGGAAUCGUCCGAUGCGUACAAAAAUGAAGCACUGAACUGUUUGAACGAACUGCUCAAUCAAGAGGACAACUCAGAAACUUUACUUUCAACCAACGUUAGACCAUCGCUGGACGGUGGAGAGUCUGGUCACACUUUGAUCGAGCAAGUUGCCGAGUUGGAGUCGUCACAACGUAAUUUGGAGGCACAGAUCAAGAAAACCGUGUACAACAACUUGGACAAGUCUCUGGAUCUGAAUCAGACCUAUAGAGACUGUGUUUCCAUGUUCAACAACGACUUUGUGGAAUGUUGCGAGUUCUUGUCGACCAAUUUUAGCAAGUCUGACGAGUCGAUCGAAACAGAACAAAAGUCGGAAGAAAGCAGCUGGAAAGACUUGCUCAAAUCUCAACAUCCGCAUUCAAAACACGACCAGUUCCAAGAAACCAAACAAUCAUCAUCAAUUAUCUUGCAAAACAUGGACAGCAUCAUGGAUAUUCUGGAACUCCCAGCAUUGGCAAACGCAUGUGUCAAAACCGGACACUAUGCCGAAUGUGUGGAAAUCGCUUCGCAUGUUCGUCGUCUUUCGAUAAGAUACUCAGACAUAGACAUUAUACAAAAAGUCGAGCACGAUGUUCAAUUGGAGAUUAGAGAAAUGGUGAACGGAUUAAUUAGAUUGCUUAACACCGAUCUUCGACAAUCCUCCAUCAUUAAGAUUGCAACGUACUUGAAACGAAUUGGGCCAUUCCAAAAGACUACAAACGAGUCAGAGAAUAAUGCGCUUUUGCAAAAUAAAAAUACCGAUGCCAUCAAUAACGAUCUAUUGCAAAAGAUCUUCCUCAAAUCGCGGUACCAGUUCAUCCUGAACGAGUUGGAGGUUCUGUCGCCGUUAAAGAAGAGCAAUUCUACAGACAAGUAUCUCAAGAGAUGUUUGGAGGUGAUCAGAGAACACUGUUUCCAAACAAUAGUAACUUUUGAGUCGAUUUUCCCUAACGAAUCGGGGAAAGCCGUCAACAACCUACUCUAUUCGUUUAUCAAGUCAUUGAUCCUAAGGCUAUGUGAGAUUUUGAAAGAAGGAUUCACCAAGAUCGAAGAGUCCAGUAAAGACGGUCUAUUACUUCAAUUGAUCUACUGCUCCCAAAGCUUAGGAAGAAUCAGCGGAGACUUUAACCUCGUCAUACUCGAUCAAUUGGACGACGUGAUCGAUAAGGAAAACUGGUGUGCCAUAUUGAAGAAACAAAGAGAACUGAUCAAGUCGCUGAGCAAGAACAUGAACGAGCUCAACAUGGGGAAGAAGUCGAUCCAAACCUGA